AUGCCCUCCCGUCAUCUUCUGACUCGACCGCCGGCACCGGUUCACCACAAGACCACAAGCCAUCUUGUAGCGUCGCUGGCCGGUGGACUGACGGCGGCGGUUACUUUUCUCAUUCUACUUACCCUCUGCUUCAGGAGGAUCAGAAAGAAGCGGACAGCCCCUUCUGCUUCUGAUACUGAUUCCAAGAAGCCUCCUCACCGGCUUUCUUACUCUCUCCUCCGUCGCGCCACCAACAAUUUCUCCUCUUCCCUCCGCCUCGGUCAGGGGGGUUUCGGGUCUGUCUACCGGGCUACACUUAAACCAAACCCCAUCACCAAGAGCUCUGCUUUUCAUGUUGCUGUGAAGCUCAUGGAUUCCGGGUCUUUACAGGGAGAGCGCGAGUUCCAGAAUGAAUUGCUCUUUUCCUCGAAGAUUGACUGUAUAUACAUAGUUUCCGUGAUGGGUUUUUCCUCUAAUCCUGCUAAACGUCGCAUGAUUUUAGUGUAUGAGCUUAUGGAGAACGGAAGCUUACAAGACUGUCUUUUUCAUCGAAAAAGCGAAGAGCUGAAGUAUUGGGAUAAGAGGUUUUUGAUUGCUUUGCAUAUAGCUAAAGGGCUCGAGUAUUUACAUCAUCACUGUGAUCCCCCUGUUAUUCAUGGGGAUAUUAAACCGAGCAAUAUUUUGUUGGAUGGGAAUUUUAACGCUAAAAUCGGAGAUUUCGGGUUGGCAAGGCCAAAGUUGGAGGAGAACAUCCAAGGUGAGGUGAAGAAGCAGGGGAAUGGGGUGGAGGAUAAUGGAUCUGUCAUGGAGACAGAGAGUGUGACCACCACAAGCGGGUUCGAGGAGUUUAAUAAUGUUCUUAAUCUUGGGGGUGUAGUUGUGAGGGUUGAGGCGUCACCAGAGGCAGUGAUCGGGGUGGAGUUGUCCCCUGAGGCGGAUGCAGCUCCUGUGGUGUCGCCAAGGACAGUUGCAGAGAUGGCAUCUCCAUCUGAGGGGUUGGAGGAGACAAGCAUCCCAGAGGGGAAUUUCGAUAGGUUUAGUGUAGAGAGUGGGGGCGAAAAGAGCAGGUGGAAGAAGAAUAAGAAGAGCAUUUCGGGUAAAGAUUGGUGGUGGAAACAAGAUAAUGGAGGUGAAGGGGAGUCAGGAAAAGUGAAAGAUUAUGUGAUGGAAUGGAUUGGGAAUGAGAUCAAGAAGGAGAGGCCAAAGAGCGACUGGAUUGGAGCCUCAUCAAGCUCGGGGGUUGUUUCAAAGAUGGAGAAAAAGAAGAAGAAGAAACGGCGAUUGGAUUGGUGGGUGUCAUUGGAUGAUGAGAAGAAUCCCAAGGAGAAGAGAAGGCCUGCAAGGGAGUGGUGGAAGGAGGAAUACUGCGAAGAGCUUGAGAGGAAGAAAAAGAAGAAGAAAAAACAAGCACAGGGGGCAAUGAGCGAUAAUCCAUAUAGUGAAAAUUAUUGGCCGAGGGAUGAUGAAUUUUACGCUGAUAGAAAGAAGAAAAGGAGCAGGAGCCGAAGCAGUAGAGGUAGUAUGGACUGGUGGUUGGAUGGUCUCAGCGGUGAGCUAUGGAAAGCACGGAGAAAUAGUUAUGAUUCAGUCAGUGGGGAGAUACCUAAGAGUGGGGGUAUGAGUAGCACACCAAGUAUGAGGGGAACCGUGUGCUACAUUGCGCCGGAGUAUGGUGGUGGUGGGGAUAUAUCUGAGAAAUGUGAUGUUUAUAGUUAUGGAGUUCUGUUAUUAGUUCUCAUUGCUGGACGUAGGCCGCUUCAGGUGACAGGUUCACCUAUGUCGGAGUUCCAACGAGCCAAUCUCCUAUCCUGGGCACGUCGUCUUGCCCGUGCUGGGAAGCUUCUUGAUUUAGUUGAUCAUAAUAUUCAAUUUUUAAAUAAAGAGCAAGCCCUGCUAUGCGUCACAGUGGCACUGCUCUGUCUGCAAAAGUCACCUGCUUGCCGACCUUCCAUGAAAGAGGUGGUUGGGAUGUUGUCUGGAGAUUUAGAAUCUCCCCAGCUACCAGUUGAAUUUUCCCCUUCACCUCCUUCCCGCUUCCCAUAUAAGUCUCACAAGAAGGUCCGUUGA